UAAGUACAAUCUGCACAAACCGGAGCACACUAUUUGUCUUUCAUCAAUCACUACGAGCAGAGUGAUCUGUUGACACAGCACGAUCGGAAAACUAAGUCGCAGUAUAUAUAUAAAAGGAGGAUUUUAGACUUUGAAGUUACAGUUCGCCCAGAACAUACAUAGGUAGUGUGCUAGAAGGCAAAAAUGGCAACCAAACUGAUCGUUAUCGCUUUCCUGUGUGCCGCACUGAUCGCGGUUGUACAGAGUGCUCCACAAUAUGCGCAAGGUGAGGAACCGACCUACGACGAGGAUGAUGACGAACCAGUAAAGCCACAUUCAAGCACUGAUCCGGACGCAAGUUAUGAAGAAUUUGAUCCCAGCCAACUGACAGAAUACGCCAACACAGCCCAAGACCCCGGCAGACGUCCCCAUUUCCUUGAACAGGCAAACUCUAACAACGGAGACCAUCUUCCUUCCCAGUCGGAUUCAUCUUCGGAAUCAAUCGAACAUUAGAGCAAUUAUAGGAUUGAGUCGUUGAACUCUUAUACAAUAUAUACGCAUCAAUAAAAUUACGGAACCGGUAUUACAGUCUA